UUUUUUUUCUGGAGACAUUCUUCUUUCCCUUUUUCUUUUUCUUUUCACUUUUGUGAAAGAACUUUUUUUUAAAAAGAAACACAGUUUUCGUUUUCUUUUGAUAUAAAUAAUACUUAACAUAAACAAUUAUGUCUACUGACAAACUUACUGUUCUUCUUGUUGGUGCCGGUGGAAGAGAACAUGCCAUUGCUUGGCGUUUAUCUUUAUCUGAAAAGGUCAAUCAUAUCUAUGUUGCUCCUGGUAAUGGUGGUACUGCUCUCGGUAACAAAGUGACCAAUGUUGCUAUUGGUGUUAGUGAUUUCGCUAAAUUGACUGACUUUGCUGUUAAGAACAAUGUUAACCUUGUAAUUCCUGGUCCCGAACAACCUAUUGUGGAAGGUAUUCAAGAAGUCUUCAAAAAAGUUGGUAUUGCAUGCUUCGGCCCUUCCAAGAAGGCAGCUUUGAUGGAAGGAUCCAAGACUUUCUCCAAGGACUUUAUGAAGAAACAUAACAUUCCUACUGCUGCUUAUGAAAACUUCACCGAUUAUGAAAAGGCCAAAGCUUAUGUACAAUCUGUUGAUCAUCAAGUAGUUCUCAAGGCUUCUGGUUUGGCUGCAGGAAAGGGUGUAUUGCUACCUACUACAAAGGAAGAAGCUCUAGAAGGUCUCAAAUCAAUCAUGUUAAACAAAGAGUUCGGUAGCGCUGGUGAUGAAGUGGUGAUUGAAGAAUAUUUGGAAGGAGAAGAAUUGUCCGUAUUGGCCUUUUCUGAUGGUUAUACUGUGAUUCCUUUACCUCCUGCUCAAGAUCAUAAACGUGCAUUGGAUGGUGAUUUAGGUCCAAACACUGGUGGUAUGGGUUGCUAUUGUCCUACUCCUCUUGGUACAAAGGAAUUAGUGGCUCAAGUCAAACGUACUAUUUUACAGCCUACUAUUGAUGGUAUGCGUCGUGAUGGUUUUCCUUUUGUUGGUAUGCUAUUUACUGGUUUGAUGUUAACAACUUCUGGUCCAAAGGUAUUAGAAUACAAUGUUCGAUUUGGUGAUCCUGAAACUGAAGUGGUACUUCCUCUUUUGGGUGAUGACACUGAUUUGGCCGAAAUCAUGCUGGCAUGCUGUGAAGGUCGUUUAGAUGCUGUAUCUGUUACUGUCAAACAAGCUUUUGCUGCUACUGUUAUCAUGGCCUCUGGUGGUUAUCCUGGUGCUUAUCCUAAGAAUUUGCCUAUCAUCAUUCCUUCCGAACAAAACUUACCUCAAGAUGUAUCAGUAUUCCAUGCUGGUACUACUUUAAACGAUGACAAUGUAUUGGUGACAUCUGGUGGACGUGUACUUGCGGUAUCUGCUGUAUCUUCUACUUUACGUGGUGCUGUUGAUCGUGCUUAUGAAGGUGUCAAGUCAAUUCAUUUUGAUCAAAUGUACUUCCGAAAUGAUAUUGCUCAUCGUGCUUUCAAACAUGCCGAACAAAAACCAACAGGAAUCACUUAUGCCUCUGCUGGUGUGGAUAUUGAUGCUGGUAAUCUUUUGGUUCAAAAAAUCAAACCUUUGGUAAAAUCAACAAAACGUGUGGGUGCUGAUUCUGAUAUUGGUGGUUUUGGUGGUUUGUUUGAUCUCAAAGCUGCUGGUUUUGUUGACCCUAUUCUUGUCUCUGCUACUGAUGGUAUUGGUACCAAACUUAAGAUUGCUCAAGAUUGUAACAUCAACGAUACUGUGGGCAUUGAUUUAGUUGCUAUGAACGUCAAUGAUUUGGUGGUACAAGGUGCUGAACCCUUAUUCUUCUUGGAUUACUUUGCUUGUGGAAAAUUGGAUGUGGAAGUGGGUAAGGAUUUUGUUGCUGGCGUUGUAGAAGGUUGUCUUCAAUCUGGAUGUGCAUUGGUUGGUGGCGAAACUGCUGAAAUGCCUGGUUUAUAUGCUCUUGGAGACUAUGAUGGUGCUGGUUUUACCGUCGGUGCUGUGGAACGCCAUAAGAUCUUACCUCGUAUGCAAGAUAUGAAGCCUAAUGAUGUCAUUCUCGGUUUGGCCUCCUCUGGUGUCCACUCUAACGGAUUCUCCUUGGUACGUAAAAUUGUUGAAAGUCAACCUGGUUUGACCUACUUUACACCUUGUCCAUGGGAUCAUUCCAAAACCUUGGGUCAAGCUUUGUUGACACCUACUCGUAUCUACGUCAAACAAUUGUUACCUGUCCUAGAAAAAGAUCUUGUGAAGGGUAUGGCCCAUAUCACUGGUGGUGGUUUCUUGGAUAAUAUUCCCCGUGUUAUGCCUGAACAUCUUGGUGUGUCUUUGGAUGCUGCUUCUUAUCCUUUCCCUCCUAUCUUCAAGUGGCUCAAACAGGCUGGUCAAUUGUCACCUUAUGAAAUGUCUCGUACUUUUAACUGUGGUAUCGGUAUGAUUCUUGUUGUUGAUCCCGUCAAUGUUGAUCAAGUCAUUCAACUCUUGGAACAAGUGAAUGAAUCCGUUUAUGUCAUGGGCAAGGUAGUUGACAAGGCUGAUUUGAAUGGAAAGGAAGUGGAUGUGUACAACACUGAUGCAUGGUAGAUAUUUUUUUUUUCAUUUACUUCAUACCGUUAUUAUUAUUGUUGUUAUUUUUAGUUUUUAUUUUUAUUAUUAUUAUUAUUAGUUAUCAUCUUCAUACAUUUUUAUCUUUUGUACAUAGAAAAUCAUCCAAAAAAAAAG